GGUUCUUUCAUCUGGCACUGGUUUGAACGCAGCUGCCAGCGUUCCUCCAAUGAUAGGAGUCCACAUGCAGCACGGGGAAGAGAGGCAGCAGAGAGGCGCCUUGCUUUCAUAAAAGCAGACUGAGAAGACAGAGUGGAAGCACAGAGAGUUGCGCCACGGUGAGGCAGGAAACGGCACCGGGAGGACUGGACCGAAUGCAGUCCCGAACACAGAGCACUGCCGCAGAUACGUCCCCACCAACAGCGGAGACCAGCGGAGCCUCACACUAACCUUCACCCGGACAAGAAGGAGAAGUUCGGGUCACCUUUGCUAGAAAAAAAAAAAGAAAAAGGAAAACAGAAAGAAAGAAAGCGUCAUUCGCGUGCAGAUAAUCUUAACAGGGAGCCGGGGGAACACGUUACACUGCCGACGGUAGCUAACCGAGAGUGAAUGUACGCUCUCAGUUGGCACACUCAUUAUUUCUCCGAAAAGUACUGACAGCUUCCAAGAGCCACCGAGUCUCCUCAGACUAAUUCAGGUGAAGCUCAGUGGGAAGGAGCCGUCCGCCAUGGAGAACGCUCACACGAAGACUGUAGAAGAAGUUUACAGUUAUUUCUGCGUCAAUGAGAGCACAGGACUUUCUCUGGACGAGGUGAAGCGGCAGAAGGAGAAAUGGGGCCUAAACGAGUUACCGGCAGAAGAAGGGAAAUCUUUAUGGGAGCUCGUCCUGGAACAGUUUGAAGAUCUGCUCGUUCGAAUUCUCCUGUUAGCUGCAUGCAUAUCUUUUGUCCUGGCGUGGUUCGAGGAGGGAGAAGAAACAAUCACAGCGUUUGUGGAGCCUUUUGUAAUUUUACUUAUUCUCAUCGCUAACGCCAUCGUUGGAGUGUGGCAGGAACGCAAUGCUGAGGACGCCAUCGAGGCUCUGAAAGAGUACGAGCCGGAGAUGGGGAAGGUGUACCGGCAGGACAGGAAGACGGUGCAGAGGAUCAAGGCCAGAGAGAUUGUACCGGGUGACAUUGUGGAAGUGGCUGUUGGAGACAAAGUGCCUGCUGACAUCCGCAUCUGUUCAAUCAAGUCAACGACUCUGAGGGUAGACCAGUCCAUCCUGACAGGUGAAUCUGUGUCUGUCAUCAAGCACACCGACCCCGUCCCGGACCCUCGAGCCGUCAAUCAAGACAAAAAGAACAUGCUCUUCUCUGGCACCAACAUCGCCGCCGGGAAGGCCGUGGGCGUUGUCGUGGCCACGGGCGUCAACACGGAGAUCGGGAAGAUCCGCGACGAGAUGGCGGCCACGGAGCAGGAGAAGACGCCGCUGCAGCAGAAGCUGGACGAGUUCGGCCAGCAGCUCUCUAAGGUCAUCACCCUCAUCUGCAUCGCUGUGUGGAUCAUCAACAUCGGCCACUUCAACGACCCCGUCCACGGCGGCUCCUGGAUCCGCGGGGCGGUCUACUAUUUCAAGAUCGCCGUGGCGCUGGCCGUCGCCGCCAUCCCCGAGGGCCUCCCCGCCGUGAUCACCACUUGCCUCGCCCUGGGCACCCGCCGCAUGGCCAAGAAGAACGCCAUCGUCCGCAGCCUGCCCUCUGUGGAGACCCUGGGCUGCACCUCCGUCAUCUGUUCGGACAAAACCGGCACUUUGACCACCAACCAGAUGUCUGUCUGCAGGAUGUUCAUACUCAACAAAGCAGAAGGAGAAAGCUGCUCUCUGUCAGAAUUCACCAUCACAGGUUCAACCUACGCACCUGAAGGAGAAGUUUACCAAGAUGGCAAACCAGUGAAAUGCUCCCAGUUUGAGGCUCUGGUGGAACUGGCCACCAUCUGUGCGCUGUGUAAUGACUCCUCCCUGGACUUCAAUGAGGUGAAGGGUGUGUACGAGAAGGUGGGUGAGGCCACAGAGACGGCGCUGACCUGUCUGGUGGAGAAGAUGAACGUCUUCGACACAGAAGUCCACAACCUGUCCAAGAUCGACAGAGCCAACGCUUGCAACUCGGUGAUCAAACAGCUGAUGAAGAAGGAGUGCACCCUCGAGUUCUCCCGGGACAGAAAGUCCAUGUCCGUCUACUGCACCCCCAACAAGUCCCGCUCUGCCGUCGGCAAGAUGUUUGUGAAGGGGGCCCCGGAGGGCGUCAUCGACAGAUGCACUCACGUCCGAGUGGGCAACACCAAAGUCCCCCUCUCUCAAGGCAUCAAGGAAAAGAUCAUGUCCGUUAUUCGCGAGUAUGGGACAGGUCGGGACACGCUGAGGUGUCUGGCUCUGGCCACACGAGACAGCCCCCCUAAAACAGAGGACAUGGUCCUGUCCGACACCGCCAAAUUCUCAGAGUAUGAGUCCGACCUCACCUUCGUUGGCUGUGUGGGCAUGUUGGACCCGCCCAGGCAGGAGGUGGCUGCCUCUAUCAAGCUGUGCCGCCAGGCCGGCAUCCGGGUCAUCAUGAUCACGGGUGACAACAAGGGCACAGCCGUGGCCAUUUGCCGGCGCAUUGGCAUCCUUAUGGAAGACGACGACAUAGAGCACAUGGCCUUCACUGGGCGGGAGUUUGACGAACUGACCCCCUACGCCCAGCGGGAGGCCGUGACCAAGGCUCGGUGCUUCGCCCGCGUCGAGCCCUCCCACAAGUCCAAGAUCGUCGAGUUCCUGCAAGGAUUCGAUGAAAUAACCGCCAUGACGGGGGACGGAGUGAAUGACGCGCCUGCUCUGAAGAAGGCAGAGAUCGGCAUCGCCAUGGGGUCCGGCACGGCCGUGGCCAAGUCGGCCUCAGAGAUGGUCCUGGCAGACGACAACUUCUCCUCCAUAGUGGCCGCUGUGGAAGAGGGUCGAGCCAUCUACAAUAACAUGAAGCAGUUUAUCAGAUACCUUAUCUCCUCCAACGUGGGUGAGGUUGUCUGCAUCUUCCUGACCGCCGCUCUGGGUUUCCCCGAGGCUCUGAUCCCAGUUCAGCUGCUGUGGGUCAAUCUGGUGACAGACGGCCUCCCCGCCACCGCGCUGGGCUUCAACCCCCCGGAUCUGGACAUCAUGGAGAAGCCGCCCCGUAACGCCAAGGAGCCGCUGAUCUCUGGCUGGCUCUUCUUCAGAUACCUGGCUAUUGGAGGUUAUGUGGGCGCUGCCACUGUGGGAGCUGCUGCCUGGUGGUUUACAGUCUCAGAGGACGGCCCACAGAUCACGCUCUACCAGCUGAGCCACUUCCUGCAGUGCAGCCCUGACAACCCCGAAUUCGAAGGCUUGGACUGCCACGUGUUUGAGUCGCCGUAUCCGAUGACCAUGGCUCUCUCCGUGCUCGUCACCAUCGAGAUGUGCAACGCUCUAAACAGUCUGUCAGAGAACCAGUCCCUGCUGCGGAUGCCUCCCUGGGAGAACAUUUGGCUGCUGGGGGCCAUCUGUCUCUCCAUGUCCCUCCACUUCCUCAUCCUCUACGUGGAGCCUCUCCCUGUCAUCUUCCAGAUCACGCCCCUGGACACCACCCAGUGGAUGAUGGUGCUGAAGAUCUCACUGCCCGUCAUCCUGCUGGACGAGCUGCUGAAGUUCGCCGCCCGGAACUACCUGGAGCUGGGUAAACAGCUGGAGAAGCCGUCCCGCGGAGACUGCCCCCUGUCUGCAUGUGCUGAGGGCGUCUCCUGGCCCUUCGUGGCCGUCGCCCUUCCCCUGGUGCUGUGGAUCUACAGCACAGACACUAACGUGUCCGCCAUGUUGUGGCCCUGACUGACUCCGGCACACUACCCCUCCUGCACACCAGAGUGAAGUGGACGUUAACACACACCUAACAGUUACAUUAACUCUGAAUAACUCGUCGUAAACAUCCGCACCUGCUCUGACCACUGUCAAAUAUGUUCUAUUUACAUUUCCACUGAUACAUUUAUUAUUUUUUUUAUUUUGUUUUUGCGGGGAGAGGGUUUGUUAUUUAGUCAUAUUUUAAUGACUGAUAUUACAUCUGUUAUUUUCCUACCAGGCUUCUUCCAUCGUCGAGCGCCAUAGUGACCAGUUAGAGAAGCCUGUGAUGUUGGAGCUUUGUGUUUUAGCUGUACAGAGAAUUUACACUAUUUUCUAUUAAUAUUUUGUAAUUUUUAGGGAGGGAACAAAGAGUCUCGGACGUGUGAUUGUAACACCUGAAAAGUGCAGAGCUGAAAGGAGGGGAAAGUCUUGCAAUAUAUGAAUCUCAGUUAUUAUUGAACUCUGUACACCUUCAUUAUUUUUCUGCACCAGGCAGAGCGCAGCUACCUCAAUGCUGUUAUUAUGACCAGAAGUACUCAUUUUGUCUAAACACCAUUUCAAAGGUUAUCACUAAAAGUGUUGAGGUAUGUACCACUUUGUUUUGCGGCGCACAUGCUCACACAUUUUAAUCUUUUUUUUUUUUUUUUUUGAAUCAGCCUGUUGUUAAAUA